UUAUUUCACCCGGCUAAGCACAGCAAAUUUACUCCGUAUUGCAAAAAAAUGUAAACAAUUUGCAGCGAACAUGUAAUUAUUUCUUAAGGAACGAAAAUAAGAACAAUUUCCGAAAAUGAUUAAAAUUGUUGCAUUGAACGAUGACCAAGAAGUGGGAGAUACAGAGCAAGAAGAAUUCGUUGCCACCAAAGAGGCGCAGGAAGCCAUUGCCGAAAGCGAAUAUGUGCGAGCAAUUAAACUUAAAGCGGAAGGAAAUCCGGAAGCGGCAUUGUCCUUGCUCAUCGAGCUACUGGAGACCCAGGUUAUAGCCGAACAGCAAAACAACAAUAAAAUGGUCUUCAUUAAAUAUAAUUGUCAUAAAAAUAUUGGCCUGAUUCUAGAGGAUAAGAAAGAGUAUGAAAUGGCUCUUCAUCACUAUAUAUCGGCUAUACUAAUAGACAGCACAGACAUUUAUACGCUGCACAAGUUCGCCCAGUUGGCACUCAAGUUGAAUUCAAUGGAUCUGGCGCAAUAUGCUUUCGAGAGGUGUCUGGCUAGCAAUGCCUUGCACUGGAAGGCAGCUGAUGGUCUUCUGAUGUCUUUGAAUUACAAUUGUAAUUUAAUGAGUCUGUACAAUCAUGCCAUGGAGUUGUGUAGCAUGGACCCAAAACAUAAAGAGGCCUACGAAAUGGUGUUGGACAUCAUAACAUGGUUUAAAUCAAACUAUCCGGUAUUGCAGUUAUCAAGUCGUGGCAUUCCUGAGAUAUGUGACAAGCAACACGAAAAUCAGGAGCUAAAAAGAGUCUUAAAAUAUGUAAAGAAGUCGUCGGAUGUUGUCGUUGAAGUCGCAGAACCCGAUAUGGAUUUCCAAAAUUUACUCAUUGAAAAUCUAAAUUGGCGUUCAGUUGCACAAUUUAUAUUGAGUCUACGGGAACAUUUGCAGUCGAACGGUAUUAGUUUGUAUUUCCAAUUCGAUUUUAAGGAUGUAAUAAAGGGAGAAUGCUCUGAUAGUAAAUCCAGUUGUACGACAGAUAUUGUCAACCAGGAAAAUGGUAUUAACAAUGAUGACCAAGAAAUGACGGCAAAUUCUGUUGCUACCCCUGUGGGUGUUGAUGUGAAUAAAGCUUCGGGUGAAUGUUCAGAAGUCCAGCCAAUGGAUUCGAACAAUGAUGAUUCAGAUUCGAAUAUAAGAACGGAAAGUGGUGAAACAACUAAAAAUAAGGCCAGAAGACGUUGCAGUGAUCUACAUUUCCUGGAGCAGUGGGGUUGGCACAAAAAUCGUCGAUAUUCCUCGCGCAAGAAGGCUGAUAAGGAGGUAGUAGAUGACAGUUUAAAUUCGUAUUUCCGCCGAACAUUUUCAAAGUAUAUGCAAGAGAUACCCGCUACUUCCUGGCCAUUUAAUGAUAACAUUACCGAAGAGAACAACAGCGAAAACCGGAUUGAUAAUCAAUGUUCGAAUUGCAUGAAUUCUUCGUCCGUAGAAGAAGAAUUUGAUACAAAUACACGUUCGGAAUUUGAGGAGUUUGUGGUGACACUGAAAUCGGGAAAAACGGAUUUGGUGAUGCUGAUAUUCCAGUGGUUGAAGUCGAUUUCAAAAUUUUGGAACGUCCCCCUGCCGCAACACAUUCGACAUUUGUACAUUGAGAUCUUCCGGCUGUAUGAGUUGUAUUACGACUUUGGGUCGUGGCAUCAUUUGCCUCCAGAUGAUUUUAUAACAUCCUAUCGCAUUUGUUUGUUAUUUUUGGAAAUCACUGCAAGUGAGGAAGUAUUUUCUCUUGAAUCCUGGAAAAAUAUCUUCCAUCAUUUAUGUUUUAAUAUUGGAAAUUUUGUGGGUAGUAGCAAUGGCGAAGUCCUUUCGAGUGAAACGGAGUUUUUUCAAAUUCGUUUAAAUUUUAUACGAUAUUUGGUCUAUGCCUCAAAGAAUGAAUACAAUAGAUGUUUGACAUGUUUGGAUGAAAUGGAAUUGAUGUUGUCCCAAUACAAGCCAGAGUUUGUUUUGCAUUUACCCCACUCCGGCGGAUAUUGUCUAAAUGUGAAGAUGAUUGCCAACAUCAAGGCCCAGUAUAAAAGUCAAAUGGAUAUUUGCAGUUUAUCUGGGUUGUAUGAGAGACAGCAAUGGUCCCAGCUGGUUGAGAUUAUCACAAGAAAUGUAGAGGUGGAGGGGGCCUCUAAGAAUAACCUGGAAAAUGAUUGCUGGCUCAAAGAUUUGCAAACAAUUUUGGAAAUUCUCCUACAAUCGCUUUGGAAAUUACGCUCAUUUGAAAGUUGUCUGGCAUGGUGUGAAAAAUGCCUUCACUAUUCGGUGGGAAAUUAUUUGGAUGAGAGCAAAUCAUCGAAUAGCCGGCAGAAGAUGGUAUCGAAUUUCAUCAACUAUGUAACGUCAUACAUUGAGGCGGCGAUUUUGAAUGAGGGCCGUGAUAUUGUUUUGUCCCUGCCCCAUGAAAAUCUUUGUCGCAUGGUCCAGAAUCUAAUACGUCUGGUGGUCUAUCAAUUCGAUGGCAAUUUCGAAAAGAACAAUCAACAUGGUGCCGAAUUGGAUUUCAAGCCAUUGUGGUCGAUAUUGCAUCAAUUGGCAUUGAGGGAUGAAGAGAUACGAGAGGACAGUAAUACGACGGAUGAAACAGAUGAUUUGGUACCGGCCUCCUUUCAAAUCCUUUUCACUGCCCAUGAGUAUUUGGGUCGCCGCCACUGGUGCUCCAAUGAUAAUGGCGAAUUUUUACAAUACAUUUUGGAUGCGGUCAUUACGAAUUUCAAGGCACCCCUCUAUGACAAUUGUCGCGAUGUUAUGUAUGAAUAUAUUGAACAGGUCACCUAUUGCCUCUUUCAGUAUCCCCAGCGUAAGGCCAGAUCAAAAUAUCUUGAAGACCACGAGGCCUUGCCAAUCAAAUUAAAUUGGGCAAGAGCCAUACAAAUAUUUGAUAUUUACAAACCGGAACAAUUGCCGGAAUUUAAUUCCUAUAAAUUGGAAUCGAUUACCUCGGACAUGGAACAAAUGCUGGUCAAGGUGGUUUCGCUGGUGCCCAAGGAAAUAGAUCCCACACAAAGUACUCACAAGGUGGUGAAUUACAUUGAGGGCCUGUCGGGCGAACAUCCGGCCCAAAUGGAUGAAUUCAUGUUCCCUUAUAAAAUAAGUAAUUUAUAUUAUCUUCUGGCGGAUUAUUAUUUCAAAAGUCGCGACUUUACCAAGGCCAUUAAAUUCUACACCCUUGAUUUGGUCAUAAAUCCUUCACGUUUUGAUUCCUGGGCCGGUGUGGCCUUAUCUAAGGCCAGCCAAAUUGAAACAAAGCUAAAUGGUUUGGAUCAAAUCGCCAUGGAGGUUCUGUGGAAGGAAUGUGAACAGGUAAUACGAUGCUUUGAGUGCUGCAUUACCCUGGACAGAUAUCAGACGCUGUUGUGGAUUGAAUAUGGUUCAUUUUGUUAUACCUUGCAAUCGUUUUUCUCCCGCUGUUUAAGGGGGAAAUCGGGGGAGAAUUUGGAAUUAAAUGAAAGAAAACUGAAGUUACUUAAUAUUGCCCAUAACUGUUUCACCAUUACCAACAACAUACAGAAUUCCCCCAGUGUUGCGGCAGCAGCAGCGGCGGCGGCCACAGCUUCGGGGGCGGAUUCCUCGGAUCAACAUGACAGCAAUGAUGAAAAAUGGCUUUGCCAAUACAUGCUGGGCAAGAUAUCGGAAAAACGCAACGAAGAUCCAAGUGUGUAUAUCAACAACUAUCUCUCGGCGGCCAAUUAUCUGUACGAAAGUAAUGCCACCUAUCCGAUUAAGGUGAAUCACAGCAAUCCCACCAGUCUGUCCGUUGAGGCCUUGGAGGUGUUCUAUCGCAUUAAUGCCUCGAUCAUAAAAUACAUUGCCAGGCAAAAGGUAAUAUCGCGGAAUCAUGGAGAUCUUUUCAAAAAGGUCCUGAAAAAAUUGGCAAACAGUCCGUUUGCCAUGAACAAAGCCAAAAUUGAUGGGAAUUCUCUGAACAUUAUCAAGGGGAAGGUGAGUGAAAAGGCGGCGGCGGCCCUGGGCAAUGAUAAUCAAGUUGGCCAGGUGAAGGAGGGCCCGCCGGCCAUCCCUGCUCAUUUCCCUGAAAGCCGCCCCCAUCUCAGCCAGCACAUUUUGCAAGGCUUGUCCCGGAGUAGUUCCAUUUCCACGGUCACCAUAUCCUCAGAUUCAUCAAGUGGCGGCGACAGUGAUUCGGACGGCCCAGACACUAAUGGAAAAAAUCCAACGAAACUGAAUGACACCACCUAUCGUUUUGAUGAAAUCAAACACAUCUACGAAAUGGUGGUGCGGAACAUAGAAGAGUGCAUUACCCGUUUCCCGGAACACUACAAAUCCAUUUAUCGUUUAGUUAAUCAUUUCAUGAACGGCCCCUCGGAAUUUUGUAGCCUCGAAGUGGCCGAACAACUGUUGGUGGGUCAAUAUAAAACCAGUCUGGGCAAUGUGGUCAAUGGCUUGUUCUACGAAAAGAAACACACAAAUCUAUUCAAUGGCAUUUGGCGCAUACCCUCAUCGGAAAUUGAUCGGCCAGGCAGUUUCUCGGCGCAUUUGGUGAAAUGUGUUCGCAUUCUGAUUUUACUUUUACUCAAAUCAAAAAAUCACAAAAUGUUAAUGGAGAUUGCCUUGAAUCUGCACAAAACGCCGGAUGCCGAUAAACGUUAUAUAGCCGAUGCCGAUCGCAAGGAACUCUGUCUGCUCUGCACCACAUAUUGUGUACAAAUAUUGCGGGAUAUUUUGGAUGAAAAUCGGCGAGAGCGUAAAGAUCAAGUGCUUCUGAAUCUGCAGGUGGAUAUCUACAAGAUCCACAAGAAAUGUAUAAAAUAUAUGAAUCAAAAGGAGUCCAUCUUCACCAAACUCCUGGUGGAUGUUUAUAAAUUCUACAUUGAGGAUAAGGUUAAAAACAUACCCGAGAACUGUAACUUUCUGGAUCUGGCAGUUAAGCUGUGUUUGCAACAGCUUACCCAGCAAAAGGUGGCCGAUAAGACGGAAAUCGCCAAAGAGCCAGUCGUGCAAAUUCCACCCUCCCUAUCGUGUGCCAUGCCACCAAGAAAUCUGAACAUUCAGCCCAGUCAGAAUGUGACAGCAAAACAGGUAACAGGUGGUUUGCCCAGUUUGCCUAAAAUGGAUCUGGCUAGUUUUGCCCCGGCCCAGUUCAGUCGCUCUGGAUUUGAUGUGGCGAGCGCCGCAGCACUGCAGCAACAAUACAUGUCAUUGGAAUUCCCACAAUUUAUGGAAAGCAGAACAGCUGAUCUUUUACUUUUGCAAGGAUAUUAUGCCCAUCUUUUACAGCAGCGAGAGCAGCGUGAACAGAAUCCAAAUUCAAAGACGACGGAGUGAAUGGAGAGCUGGGUGGAAAUGUAAAAUACACUUCUGUGUUUUGAAGACAAUCCAAAACUAACCUAAAAAUGUCCCUCCCAGUGGACAUUUUUUUCUAAAGACCUUGUUGCAAAAAAAAUAAUGGGGAAUUCCUUGCACAUCUUGUUCCCAUGGGCUAGGCCCAUUAAGGAAAUAAUAAUUGAAUUUGAAAAUGGAAAUCCCUAUACAAAAAAGUAAUCACUCAGAUGCUAAACCUAGAGUAGUUGUGUUAAGUUUGGUGUCCCAAAUGAAACUACUUUAAUUUCGAAAAAAGCCUUGGCAAUUUCAUAACCUUUAAAAAUAUAUGUUUUUUAAAAUAUCACCAUAUUUUUCUAUGCCCAUAAAUGUGAUCUUUCA